GGACGGAGAAGGGCGCUGCCUCCCGCGGGGUCCCCUCUGGAAAGCAGCACUGGUUUCAAUUAAGUGUCCUCUGGUAAAAUUUGUCUCCUCAGCUCGGUUUGUUGUCGCGUCCCCGGAGUGGCGCCGGCAGCGGGAGAUGAGCAGGGACCUCAGGGGCAGGGGAUGCGCCCGGGGCAGAGGCUUCCAGGGAUGGCGAGGAGGAUGGCGAGGAGGAGGAGGAUGGCGAGGCAGAGGACAGAGGGGAGAGCCCAAAAGGAUGCCCGAACCUGCAAAAUCUCGACUAGUCCAAUCAACGAUGGACCAAUUUAUUCCCUAUAAGGGCUGGAAACUUUAUUUCUCUGAAGUUUACAAUGACAAGUCUCCUUUUGUCCAGAAGACUCAAGCCUUUGAAAAGUUUUUCAUGCAGCGCAUUGAACUUUAUGACAAGGAUGAAAUAGAAAGAAAAGGAAGCAUUCUCGUGGAUUAUAAGGAGCUAAUCCAGGACAGAGAGCUGACUAAAUCAAUACCAAAUAUAUCUGCUGAACUAAGGGACAUGCCUCAGAAAAUACUGCAGUGUAUGGGUCUGGCAAUUCAUCAGGUGCUCACCAAGGACCUGGAGAGACACGCGGCAGAGCUGCAGGUGCAGGAGGGAUUGCCCCUGCACGGGGACCCUGUCAUAAACGUGCCUCUCAUCCAUGCCAGGGUGUACAACUAUGAGCCUCUAACCCAGCUGAAAAACGUGAGGGCCAACUGCUACGGCAAGUACAUCGCGCUGCGUGGCACCGUGGUGAGGGUCAGCAACAUCAAACCCCUGUGCACCAACCUGGCCUUCGUCUGUGCUGCCUGUGGGGAUGUGCAGGGUGUUCCUCUCCCUGAUGGCAAGUACACCCUUCCCACCAAGUGUGCUGCCGUUGCACUGGAAGGUGCUGGGUGGUGUCCAGCUGCCCUCGUGUGUUGCAGGGUGCAGGAGCUCAUGUCGGACGACCAGCGGGAAGCAGGACGGAUCCCGCGCACCAUCGAGUGUGAGCUGGUCCAGGAUCUCGUGGACAGCUGUGUCCCAGGGGACAUGGUCACAGUCACAGGCAUAGUGAAGGUGGCAAGCACUGAGGAAGGAGCUUCUAAAAAUAAGAACGACAAGUGCAUGUUCUUACUGUACAUUGAGGCAAAUUCUGUCAGCAACAGUAAAGGACAAAAACUGAAGAAUUUUGAUGAUGAGACCUUUCAGAGAUCAUUCAUGGAGUUUUCCCUUAAAGACCUCUACGCUAUCCAAGAAAUUCAAGCUGAGGAAAAUCUGUUCAGGCUCAUUGUGAACUCUCUUUGUCCUGCAAUCUAUGGCCAUGAGAUUGUGAAGGCAGGGUUGGCCCUGGCCUUGUUUGGAGGAUGUCAGAAGUUUGUGGAUGACAAGAACAGAAUCCCAGUGCGAGGAGAUCCACAUGUUCUGGUUGUUGGAGAUCCAGGAUUAGGAAAAAGUCAAAUGUUGCAAGCUGUGUGUAACAUCGCUCCUCGAGGUGUGUAUGUUUGUGGUAAUACUUCCACCAGCUCUGGCCUGACUGUUACACUCUCCAGAGAUGGCACUUCUGGAGAUUUUGCCUUGGAAGCUGGUGCCUUAGUGCUUGGAGAUCAAGGAAUUUGUGGAAUAGAUGAAUUUGAUAAGAUGGGAAACCAGCACCAGGCUUUGUUGGAAGCCAUGGAACAGCAGAGCAUCAGCCUGGCCAAGGCUGGCAUUGUUUGCAGUCUGCCAGCUCGGACAUCCAUUGUUGCUGCAGCAAACCCCGUUGGAGGACAUUAUAACAAAGCCAAAACAGUGUCUGAGAACCUAAAAAUGGGGAGUGCUCUGCUGUCAAGAUUUGAUCUGGUUUUCAUCCUGCUGGACACGCCGAACGAGGACCACGACCACCUGCUGUCCGAGCACGUGAUGGCCAUGCGGGCCGGCCGGCGCGCCGCCUGCAGCAGCGCCCUGGUGACCCGGGCCAGCUCCCAGGAGCACUCUGUCCUCCAGGCCACCUCAGGUCGACCCCUGCUCGAGAGGCUGAAGAUCUCAACAGGAGAAAACUUUGAUGCCAUUCCCCAUCAGCUGCUGAGGAAGUACGUCGGAUACGCUCGGCAGUACGUGCACCCAAGCUUAUCUCCAGAGGCUGCACAAGUCCUCCAGGAAUUCUACCUUGAGCUCCGGAAACAAAACCAAGGAGCAGACAGCACCCCCAUCACCACGAGGCAGCUGGAGUCCCUGAUUCGACUGACAGAGGCACGAUCAAGGCUGGAAUUAAGAGAGAAGUCUACCAAGGAAGAUGCUGAGGAUGUAAUAGAGAUAAUGAAAUACAGCAUGCUGGGCACCUACUCGGAUGAGUUUGGGAAGCUGGACUUCGAGCGCUCCCAGCACGGCUCUGGGAUGAGCAAUCGCUCGCAGGCCAAGCGAUUCGUGUCUGCCCUGAGCAGCGUGGCUGAGAGGACCUACAACAACCUCUUCGACCUGCAGCAGCUGCGCCACAUCGCCAGGGAGCUGCAGCUCCGGGUAUCUGAUUUCGAAAGCUUUAUUGGAUCCCUAAAUGACCAGGGUUAUCUUUUGAAGAAAGGUUCAAGAGUUUAUCAGCUCCAGACCAUGUGAGAAGAGUCACUGUGAUGAACUUCCUUGGGAUGACUGUCCCCCUGGAGUGCUGGGCAUGCAGCACGUCCUGAGCUGAGCUGCACCUGCCACAGCACUGGGGUUUGCUGGGCUGGAGAUUCCCCUGCAGAAAAUUAGACUGGAAGGCUGCAACAGGACAAACUGGCACUUGGUACUGCUGCCUGGCUCAUCCUACAGCUCUCUGUUCCAAAUGGGACCUCAUCAUCCUCCGGGAGUGGAAGGUGUGUUUUUAUGCUGUUACACUGCCAUCAGGGGCUUUACUUCUGAAAGAGAUGCUGGACCCACAAAUUUCAGCCCAGAAAUCUUUCGUGAGAGGAAGGUACAAGCUGUACUUUCAGCACUGUAGUUCAUUUAAAGUCUAGAAAUGUUUCCAGAAGGUUCUGACAACACUGUUCUAUGGCUCUUACCAAAUGACACUUUACUGAAACUGACUUGAUUUUCUGCUUUGAAACAUGGUCUUUGAAGCCAAGGUUUUAUUUGAGAUCCAAGUCUGAUUUAAGAAAAUAUCCUUAUUACAAUAUUUAAUUUGUAAAGCAGGGAUUGGAUUUUGACUUCCAUUAAACUUUAUAUAUGAGAAAUAUUAUUUGUUCAAGGCUGUUUAAUGGCCAUUACAAGAUCUGU